AUGUGGCAUGCCCGGCCGGAUGGUCAAGCUUGUGACACUCUUCAUCUUAGGGCAAAAACGCGAUUUCCUGCUCCAGUGCUCCCGACUUCUCCUCCUUUCUUCUCCCUUUUCCGCCAUCUCCUCCAUUUUUCUCGUCCUUUGCUCCUCAAACGCGACCACCGCUCGUCCGGUCGAUUUGCUGCCUCCAUCUGCGAAGAACAGUCGCCGCCGCAGGGAGACGAAGUCGAAGACGCAGACGAACACGAAGUCGAAGACGCAGACGAACACAUCCCCUUGUUCGACGAAGACGCAGCUGCCUUCGUCGACCCUCCUUCUCCGUUUUUCCAACCGGCGGUCCUGGUCGCCGUCUCCAUCUGCCCUCCCCAUCUCGCCGGCGCAUCUGCCCUCCUAAUCUCACCGCCUUCUUGCUCGAUUUCUUCCCCAAGAUAG